AUGCAGUGCUAUACAGAGCUGUUACCCCCAAUGGGGGUUACCCAUGCCGUUGCGCUUCCUUUCUUAUCAUCCACAGCUAACAAUCUGGUUGUGGUGCGUUCAUCCUUGCUGCAAGUGUUUUCUCUGAUCAAACCAACUCCCGAGAACACCGAGACCAAUUCGACCCACUCUGGUCUAUCGGAGCCAAAAUUGAUUUUAGAGAAAGAGUACUCUCUGCCAGGCACUGUGACAGAUUUGAGUCGAGUCAAGAUCCUGAACUCCAAGAGUGGUGGCGAGGCAAUUCUGCUGGCCGUUCGAAAUGCCAAACUCAGUCUUAUCGAGUGGGAUCCCGAACGUCACAACAUCUCCACUGUCUCGAUCCAUUACUAUGAGCGAGAUGAUUUGGCCCGCAGUCCUUGGGUCCCAGACCUCGAUUCCUGUGGCAGUAUUCUCAGUGUGGACCCUAGCAGUCGAUGUGCUGUUUUCAACUUUGGAGUUCGCAAUCUCGCCAUUUUACCUUUCCAUCAAGCAGGUGAUGAUCUUGCGAUGGACGACUAUGACCCAGACCUAGAUGGUGAACGCCCUCAAGCGCAGGCACUUGAGGGACCAACUGGAGCGGAUAAGAACAAAGAUGGCUCUUCAUAUUCCACGCCGUAUUCUGCUUCUUUUGUUCUGCCAUUGACGGCCCUGGAUCCUUCGUUAUUGCACCCUGUCAGCCUGGCGUUUCUCUAUGAAUACCGAGAGCCGACAUUUGGUAUCUUGUAUUCUCAAGUUGCAACAUCUACCGCUCUCGCCCAUGAGAGAAAAGACAUUAUGUUUUACACAGUCUUCACCCUCGACAUAGAGCAGCGAGCAUCGACAACGCUUCUUUCCGUCUCUCGACUUCCCAGUGACUUGUUCAAGGUUGUGGCAUUGCCCCCUCCCGUUGGAGGUGCUCUGCUUCUUGGUUCCAAUGAGAUUGUGCAUGUUGACCAGGCCGGUAAAACAAAUGCGGUUGGUGUGAACGAAUUUUCGCGUCUUGUCUCGUCAUUCUCCAUGAGUGAUCAAUCCGACUUGGGUUUCCGCCUGGAAGGUUGUGUAGUGGAGCGACUGGGUAAAAACAGCGGCGACUUGGUUCUUGCCCUUGCUUCCGGAGAACUGGCACUCAUCAAAUUCAAAUUAGAUGGCCGAUCUGUAUCGGGCAUGUCUGUUCACUCACUACCAGCCCAGGCAGGUGGAAAUCUUCUUGGAUCAGCGGCUUCCUGCUCCACCUGCUUCAACGAUGGCAAUCUUUUCCUUGGCAGCGAAGAUGCGGACUCGUUGCUUCUGGGGUGGUCUCAUUCGGCUCCGAACAAAAAGACACGAUCAGAGCAGAAGCAGAUUACUGAUAAUCUCGGUGAUUUAUCAGAUGAGGACCAAAUGGAUGAUGAUGCCUACGAGGAUGAUCUGUACUCCUCUGUACCGGAGCGAACUCAAGUUGACGUACGCAGAGGCUCAGAGCAUUCGACGCCUGAAUAUUAUCAUUUGCAGUUGAAUGAUCGACUUCCUAGCGUUGGUCCCCUGAGAGAUGUUACUGUGGGCGACGCCAACUCAGCUUCAGACCCGGUCUCAGACGUUCAAGGUGUUUCUGGCCAGUUAGAGUUGGUCGCAUCUCAAGGCAGUGGCAAGGCCGGUGGGCUCGCUAUCAUCACCAGAGAAAUUGACCCGGUGACCGUGAAAUCCAUGAAAAUCGACGACGCUGAUGGAGUGUGGUCAGUUUCGAUGGUCACGGGCAAGAAGGGCUCUGUCAAUAAGGACGAUCAGACUGAAGAUAGUUCACGUCAAUAUGUGGUUAUCUCACGACUUGUUGAAGCUGAUAAGGAGGUUUCAGAGGUCUUGGCCGUGGAGGGGCAAGAUCUGAAGCCCGUCAAGGCCCCCGAUUUCAACCCCAAUGAUGAUGUUACGAUUGACAUUGGGCUGUUGGCAGAGGACACCCGUAUUGUCCAGGUCCUGCGAAAUGAAAUCAGAAUUUACGACAGAGACUUAGAACUCGCACAGAUCUAUCUGAUUUGGGAUGAAGAUAGCGAUGAUGAAGAGUCCCAUGCCGUGAGCGCCAGCUUUGCUGAUCCGUACCUCGCCAUUCUACGCGAUGACGCCUCUCUCCUGCUUCUUCAAAUCGAUGACAGCGGUGAUCUUGAUGAAGUACCCCUCCCAGAGGGACUUUCCACGCUGCAAUGGUGUUCCGCGUCUCUCUUCCAUGACAAACACCGCUCAUUCAGCCCCCUUUAUUCAAACUCCAAUGAGACGCAGAAACAAAAUCUCCUUUUCCUGUUGAGUCCGGAUUGCAAACUCUCAAUAUUCAGCAUUCCAGACAUGAAUCUUUUGUCAGUCAUUGACGGUGUUGACUGCCUGCAGCCUCUGUUAUCAACAGAGCCACCUCGCCGAUCAAAUUCCCGAGAGUCUAUCAAAGAGACCAUUGUGGCCAACCUUGGUGAUUCCUCAACUACUGAGCCAUACCUGAUCGUUCGCACCGGCAAUGACGAUCUGGUUGUUUACCGACCAGUCUUCAUUCAAUCAGAGGAUGGCAAUGAGCAAUCUAACCUUCGAUUUUACCGAGAGUGUCACCAUACCCUUUCCAAGAUUAAAUCUCCCUCAUCAUCUAUCCAGGACGAGACGACCUUCCAGCGUCCCAGGCCAUUGCGCGCCCUCUCAAACAUUUCAGGUCUCAGCACUGUGUUCAUGCCAGGUGACCCAGGAAGCUUCCUUGUGAGAACCUCAAAGAGCUCUCCACAUGUUGUCCGUCUACGUGGUGGAUACACUCGAUGGCUCAGUACCUUUGAUUCGCCAGCCACCAGUUGUGAGAAUGGUUUUGUCUAUGUGGACUCCGAGCACAUCAUUCGAACCUGUCGAUUGCCUCAAAACACCAAUCUCGACUAUUCUUGGAUAAUCCGAAAAGUUCAGUUGGAUGAGCAGGUCGACUUCUUAACCUAUGCUACGGCAUCCAAGACUUACGUGCUUGGUACCAGCUCCAACGAGGGCUUCAGGUUACCCGACAACGAUGAGCUCCACCCCGAAUGGCGCGGUGAAGAAAUGGAAUUUCUCCCCGAAGUACCCCAGAGUUACAUUAAGGUCGUUAGCCCAAAGACCUGGGAAGUGAUUGACAGUUACCCCCUGGAGCUCGCAGAGCAUGUGACAGCGGUCAAGAACAUCAAACUCGAGGUAUCCGAAAACACGCACGAGCGUAAAGAUCUGAUUGUCGUCGGAACAGCGACGACCAAAGGAGAGGAUAUUCCAGCUCGAGGAUGCAUCUAUGUCUUCGACGUGAUCGACGUAGUUCCCGAACCAGGAAAGCCAGAAACGGGACGGAAACUCAAGCUCAUCGGCAAGGAGGUUGUCAAAGGAGCAGUGACUGCGCUCUCUGGCAUCGGUGGACAAGGCUUUGUUCUUGUGGCUCAAGGACAGAAAUGCAUGGUUCGAGGACUGAAGGAAGAUGGGAGCCUUCUUCCUGUGGCGUUCAUGGACAUGCAGACUUAUGUCAACGUCGCGAAGGAACUGAAGGGCACAGGAAUGUGUCUCAUGGGCGAUGCAAUGAAGGGUCUUUGGUUUGCCGGAUACUCGGAGGAACCAUACAAAAUGUCACUCUUCGGCAAGGAUCCCGAGUACCUCGAGGUAGUCGCAGCAGACUUCCUUCCAGAUGGAAACAAGCUCUACAUGCUUCUCGCUGAUGGAGACUGCAAUCUCCAUGUACUGCAGUACGAUCCUGAGGAUCCCAAAUCCUCCAACGGAGACCGACUACUUAAUCGAAGCAAGUUCUACACAGGCAACUUCGCGUCAACAGUGACACUACUCCCUCGCACAGCCGUGUCAUCAGAGCAGAUGGAACCAACAGAAGAUGAUAUGGACAUUGAUCAAACAAUCGCCACACAUAAUGUCCUAAUUACUUCACAGAAUGGAUCCCUGGCACUAGUGACCACUGUUGCCGAAGAAUCCUACCGACGAUUAUCCGCUCUACAGUCCCAACUGAUCAACACGAUUGAACAUCCUGGUGGGUUAAACCCGCGUGCUUUCCGUGCAGUGGAGAGUGAUGGUGCUUCUGGUCGAGGAAUGGUUGAUGGGACGGUACUUCGACAGUGGUUAAGCCUGGGCAAGCAACGCCAGGCGGAUAUUGCGGGCCGGGUCGGGGCGACGGAGUGGGAAAUCCGAGCGGAUCUAGAAGCCAUCAGUGGAGACGGGCUGGGCUAUCUAUAG